AUGAAGUCUUUCCUGGUGGGUUUUUUCUGUGAAUUUUUCAUUUUUACUCGAAUAAUUUAGGGAUUCAUCUGCAUUUUAGUAAUGUUCGCGAUGAUUUCUGCGAAAAAAUCAACCUGUUCCCUGGCUUCUUUGCCCAGAGUUGCCAAUUUCGGGCUCUUGGAGACCGAUGCAAAGCUUACGUGAGUAUUUUUCUAGAUUUGGAGCUCGAAAAUGAUUUUUUCUUUAAAAGAGCGUUUAAAAGAUUAAACAGUUGAGGGGGUCACUGAAGCUUGAAUGACAGGUCUUCAGGAAUUUUUCUACAAUUACCGAGCUUGUCAAUUUUUAAAAGCACUUCGAAUUGUUUUUAAUGUAAAAAUAAGCUCUUUUUUUUCAGUUACGGCUCAAAAACGGUCCGAGCGGAAUGCCCCUUGCCGGGUCUGAGCUGCGUCGCUUCGAUGAGUGUAAUUUCCAUUUUUUCCAAAAUCAAAAAAAGUCCAUUUCAAGGUCUAUCUUGCCGACGGAACCCAGUACACUCCCGAAACAAUUCCUUACGAUUUCAAAUGCUCCAAUGGAAAAGUCCUUUUCCAUGAUCUGUAAAAAUAUUGCCUUUUUCUAAUAUCCUAAAAAAACUUUUUUUCAGACCUCUAACUGGGAUUUUCUGCGCGGUCGCCUGUUGGUAA